UUCCGGCCUGCUCCCGGCCACUUUAUCCGAAGCACUGUGUUUCUGUGUGAGAGACGCCGACUCUUGUUUACAGCACAGAUUCCACGGAGGAGCGGAGACCCGCAGGCUGCGUUAACCGAGGGAACCGUCGGAUUUCAGCCUCUGGACACGCGCGCAACGGGAGUCCGUGUUUUCUGCAUUUUGCGUGGAUAAGAGGCGUCGCGCGACACUCGGCUCGGGCAACUCCUUGGACUGGUUCUCCCUCCCACCCAAGCCGAGUUCGUCUAGCUCGGAGAGCUGGAGACCCAUUCUCCUGCGUGGCACAAGUCUGGUAUUUUCUUUCAGCUGGAAAUCACGACUGACGCCGGAGAUAAGUCCCGACCCGAGGAGCUGGAAAAUUGGGUCGCGAGCGAGUUUUCGGCGCGUGCCGGGACUUUUCGUGGGGAUCUCGGGACCGUGCUGGCUGAAUGGCAUGAACCAAAAAUAAUAUUAAAAAAGGGUUUUUCAUUCAUUUCUCAAUCUCCCGGCCACCACCCCUGUGGAUCUGGACGUGUUUUCAGGUCCCUCCUCCCUCAUCCACAGUCAUUCACACGGGAAUUUUUGCGAUCGACACUGGCGUGAAUUUAUUGUGGUGGUGGAAGCUGCUCAUAAUCACAUUUAGCCUGAUAUUUUUAUUGUUAACUCGCAGGCCUGGUCGCACUCUACGUGCACUGCUGUUUUCAAGAGAUGGAGAAUGAAGAUGGGGAUUACCAUCAUUUAUCCAGUAAAAUCACCGGCGUGUGUGCCUCGCCAUCCAACGUCAGGGUACCCAGUGAUCGGCAAAAAUAACAGAAUCUACUGAUUUUUUUUUCCCCCAUCAUUUUUUUCCAAUACAAAUCUCACAUUUAUUUAGAGUUGUACAUCAGAUCCUGGUAGAUAAGCGACCAUUUUUGUAGUCUGCCACGGAGCAGCCUUUUUGGGCUCCAGACACAUUUAUUCGUUAAGGAGCUGCUGCGGAAACCUUUUCUUUUAUUUCGACUUUGCGCUGGACUUUUGUUUUUUUUUUAGUGGAGGACAAGAGAUCCGGCACAGCGAUGGGUAGCCCAGCCUGGUUUUGGGUUCUGGUACUGUCUGUGUCAACUACCUGCAUAUGGUGCACAUAUGGAGAGAUCUGCGCCCCCAGCAUCGACAUCCGGAAUGACAUCACGGAGCUGAGGCGCCUGGAGAACUGCACCGUGGUGGAGGGCUACCUGCACAUCCUGCUCAUCACCGACAAGACCAACCAAAUCAACCAGGACGCCUUCCGCUCGCUCAGCUUCCCCAAGCUCACCGUCAUCACCGACUACCUGCUGCUGUUCCGCGUCUCGGGCCUGGACAGCCUCAGCGUGCUCUUCCCCAACCUCAGCGUGAUCCGCGGGCGCAACCUCUUCUACAACUACGCGCUGGUGAUCUACGAGAUGACCAGCCUGAAGGACAUCGGCCUGUACAACCUGAGGAACAUCACCCGCGGCGCCGUCCGGAUCGAGAAGAACCCCGAGCUCUGCUACAUAAACUCGGUGGACUGGUCUCUUAUUAUGGACGCGGACUUCAACAACGUCAUCAAUGUGAAUAAGAAGGAGGAGGAGUGUGACAACGUGUGUCCGGGCAUCAUGGAGGACAACCGACUCUGCCAGAGGACCUCCAUUAAAGACAACAACGACUACCGCUGCUGGACGUCCAAACAGUGCCAGAAAGUGUGUCCCGGCCACUGCAAGCUGGCGUGCACAGACAAGGGCGAGUGUUGCCACAGCCAGUGCCUGGGAAGCUGCACGGAGCCCGACAGCGACGCCGCCUGCGCCGCCUGCCUCCACUACCUGCACGAGGGCCGCUGCGUGGCCGACUGCCCGCCGGGCACCUACACGUUCGAGGGCUGGCGCUGCAUCACGCUGGAGGUGUGCUCCCAGGUGCACCUGCUCAGCGACAACAACUUCGUCAUCCACGGGGGAGAGUGCAUGCACGACUGCCCCUCGGGCUUCAUGCGCAACGAGACUGAGCGAAUGCUGUGCAGCCCCUGCAACGGCCGCUGCGACAAAAAGUGCACGUCGCCCGUCAUCGACUCGGUGGACGCGGCCCAGUACCUGAAGGACUGCACCAUCAUCGAAGGCAACCUGGACAUUAACAUCCGCCGGGGAAAUAACAUAGCGUCUGAGCUGGAGGCCUUCAUGGGACUGAUCCACACGGUGACGGGGUAUGUGAGGAUUCGACACUCUGACGCACUUGGCUCCUUGUCCUUCCUCCAGAGCCUGCUUUUCAUCGAAGGGAAGGAGCUCAUCGACAACACGUAUUCGUUCUCCGCCAUCAACAACCAGAACCUGCAGCAGCUGUGGGACUGGGGCCAGCACAACCUGAGCAUCCAGGCCGGGCGCCUGUUCUUCAGCCUGAACCCCAAACUCUGCAUGUCCGAGAUCCACACCAUGUGGGAGAAGACGGGCGUCGCCGUGAAGCCGGUGGAGGGCGAUUUCCGGAAUAACGGCGAGAGAGCGAGCUGUGAGAGCCACAGCUUGAAGUUCAAAUCCAACGUCACGACGAGCCACGCGAUCCGCCUGACGUGGGAACGCUAUCAGCCGCCGGACUACGGCGACCUCAUCAGCUUCAUAGUUUACUACAAAGAGUCGCGCUUCCAGAACAUCACGGAGUUCGACGGCCAGGACGGCUGUGGCUCCGACAGCUGGCACAUGGUGGACGUGGACCUGCCCCACAACAAGAGCAGCGACCCGAAGGUCAGCCUCCCUCACCUCAAGCCCUGGACCCAGUACGCCAUAUUCGUGAAGGCCAUCACCCUGCAGGUGGAGGACAAGCACGUUUCCGGAGCCAAGAGUGACAUCAUCUACAUCCGCACGCGCCCGUCGGCGCCGUCUAUGCCCAAAGACGCUCGAGCCUACGCCAACUCGUCCACCAAGCUGGUGGUGAAGUGGUCCCCGCCGGUUUUCCCCAACGGCAACCUGACCUACUACCUGGUGCGCUGGCAGCAGCAGCACGAGGACAGGGAGCUCUACCAGCACAACUACUGCUCCAAAGAACUGAAGAUCCCGAUCCGGGUGCCGGCGACCGGGCUGGCGGACACGGAGGACUGCACGAAGCCCACCAAGUCGGACCUGACGGGAGCAGUGAAGGGGCCCUGCUGCGCCUGCCAGAAGACGCCGGAGGAGAAGAUCCGGGAGAACAACGACCGGGUUUUCCUGAAGAUGUUCGAGAACUUCCUGCACAAUAUGAUCUUUCUGCCGAGACCUCCAGACCGCCGGCGCAGGGACGUCUUCGGCGUAGCUAACAGUUCGCUGUUCAGUGACGGCGCCGGCGCGGGGAACACCAGCCUCGGCCCAGGGGAUAACGCUACCGAUGGCAUCCCUCCCGUCAAGGAGUUCCCGUUCUCUGAGGACAAGAGCACGAGCGAGUACUUUGAGAUCCUCAACCUGCGCCCCUUCACCGUUUACCGCAUCGACAUCCACGCCUGCAACGAGGAAGUGCGCCGCUGCAGCGCCGGAACCUUUGUCUACUCCAGGACCAAACCUGCAGACAAAGCCGACGACAUCCCUGGAAAAGUGAUCCACGAGAGGAAGGACGAGAGCAAGGGCAGCGUGGUGCUGCACUGGCCCGAGCCAAUAACGCCCAAUGGACUCAUCCUGAUGUAUGAGAUCAAACUACGUCUGGGGUCUGAGCCCGAGAAGCACGAGUGCGUGUCGCGGCAGCACUACCGCGAGCACCGGGGCGCUCGCCUCACCAACCUGGGCCCAGGGAACCACUCCGCCCGCGUGCGCGCCACCUCGCUGGCCGGCAACGGCUCCUGGACGGAGAGCGCCUUCUUCUACAUCGCACCCAAGCGAGACGACGGCGUCACCUUCUACCUGGUCAUCAUCAUCCCCAUCAUAGCGACGCUGGUCAUCGCUUCUGUGAUCACCAUCCUCUUCUUCGUCAACAAAAAGAGGAACAGCGACCGGCUCGGGAACGGGGUCCUGUACGCGUCCGUCAACCCAGAGUACUUCAGCGCCGCUGACAUGUACGUGCCGGACGAGUGGGAGGUGGCCAGGGAGAAGAUCACCAUGCACCGGGAGCUGGGCCAGGGCUCCUUCGGCAUGGUGUACGAAGGCCUCGCCAAGGGGGUGGUCAAGGACGAGCCGGAGACACGGGUGGCCAUCAAGACCGUCAACGAGUCGGCCAGCAUGAAGGAGCGCAUCGAGUUCCUGAACGAGGCCUCCGUCAUGAAGGAGUUCAACUGCCACCACGUGGUGCGGCUGCUGGGUGUGGUCUCGCAGGGACAGCCGACGCUGGUGAUAAUGGAGCUGAUGACCCGCGGUGACCUGAAGAGCUACCUGCGCUCUCUGCGCAAAGAAAAUGCCACCAGCCAGGUCCUGCCCCCGCUCAAGAAGAUGAUCCAGAUGGCUGGGGAAAUCGCCGACGGCAUGGCGUACCUGAAUGCCAACAAAUUCGUCCACAGAGACCUGGCUGCCAGGAACUGCAUGGUGGCCGAGGACUUCACCGUGAAGAUCGGAGAUUUUGGCAUGACCAGAGACAUUUAUGAGACGGAUUACUACCGAAAAGGAGGGAAGGGCUUGCUGCCUGUUCGCUGGAUGUCUCCAGAGUCGCUGAAAGAUGGCGUGUUCACUACGAUGUCUGAUGUGUGGUCGUUCGGCGUGGUGCUGUGGGAGAUCGCCACCCUGGCCGAGCAGCCGUACCAGGGCAUGUCCAACGAACAAGUGCUGCGCUUCGUCAUGGAGGGAGGCCUGCUGGACAAGCCCGACAACUGCCCCGACAUGCUGUUUGAGCUGAUGAGGAUGUGCUGGCAGUUCAACCCCAAGAUGCGCCCGACCUUCCUGGAGAUCAUCAGCAGCAUCAAGGAGGAACUGGACCCCCCCUUCCGGGAAAUGAGCUUCUUCUACAGCGAGGACAACAAGCCGCCGGACACCGAGGAGCUGGACAUGGAGGUGGAAAACAUGGAGAACAUUCCACUGGACGCCGCGUCCACCAGGCAGCCCGCCUCCGCCGCCGCGCUGCCUUCGGGGUGCGUGGGAGUGACGCCGCCCCCUUCCACCCAGCAGGCGUCCCCCGCGCCCGGCACCCCGUUGCUGGGGCCCGUGUCGCCCUCCUCCCCGGGCCCGUCGGCCCCGGCGCUGGCGUCGCCGAGCCAGGCCUUGGACAAGCACUCAGGACACGUUUCGGCCAACGGGCCCGCGGUGCUGCUGCGGCCGAGCUUCGACGAGAUGCAACCCUAUGCACACAUGAACGGGGGCAGAAAGAACGAGCGGGCGCUGCCCCUGCCCCAGUCGUCGGCCUGCUGAUAUCAGACCCGGACCCUCCUCCUCCUACACAGGGUAACGCGAGGAAAUGACUUAUUUCUACUGUGGGGCAGCAGGUGGUCUCUCUGCUCUCGAGGUCAAACACAAACAAAACAAAAGCCCUGACAAACGGCACAGGAACUUGAUGAAGCCUUUGGAGUUUGGGGCUCAGACUAAACACUGGGGAGCUCCUUCUUGUGCGGCCUGUAUCUCACACAGGCGCGGAUCCUGGCUUCUAACAAACAAACCCACCAUUUUUUUAGCAUAUCUGCCAGAAACCCCAUAGAAGAGCACUUUCUCCUGAUGAGCAACAGAGGACGUUGUGGGUAUGUGAUUGUGUAUUUAUACAGACACACGAUUCUCUACGUGACGCUCCUUCUUACGGGAUGACUUUCCAUCACAAUGACGGACGUUUCCACGAGCAGCCCGGCUCGCGUCACGUGAGGAUGCUUCGAGUUAGGAAGUCUGGACUCCGACGGUCGCUUUAUUCUCUUGUUUAUAUUCGUGUGGGCGAGCGGCUCAGAAUGGAAGAGGAGGGUCUAUUGUGUAUCUGCCAAGCUAGUGCCAAAUCAAUCAGUCCUUCUCCAGUUUUACACAGAAUCUGUUGAGGGCUGUGAUUCAGAGUUGAGAUUCAGUCUGUCAGCAGCGGCGUGUGGGGCGUUCAGGGUCAAUGGUGAGCUGUGCUGCGUUCACACCUGCAGUGCCAUGUCUUGUCAGAAGCCCCGGGCUGGAAUAGAUCUAGCCUCGUGAUGCAUUCAAGAACACUAAGAAAAGGAAAAAAAAACACAGGCCAGGAUUUGAAAUAUAAUUAAAGGCCUCCGAUAAGGUAUUAUUAAGUUGACACAAUAUCAGUAGAUUUCCUUUGUACAUUUGCAUAUCUGUCAAAUAAAGUAUCAAAGUCAAACAGUGUUUGAUUGACAGAAAUUAUGUAGUAAAUAAUUUGAUUUAUCCAAUAACUAACAGAGUCAUUUAAUUAGUUUCAGCUUGUCACACAUAGGGAUUGGUCUUUUUCUUAGCAAGGACUGCUGCUACAGUAGUAAUGACUUUACUACAAAUAUGUCACCGUUGCUUUCGAGGCCUCGACAACGAAUCCGCCAACUCUGAAUCGCAGCCCCGCGCUGGUUUAGAUCAACAGGUCAAGCAUCGAAUGUCCCACACUGCAAAUCACUGAACUUAAAGGGAUAUGACUCCACCUCCACCUUCCUGUUUUUUUAAACCUUCUCUGCCAUUUUUAAGUCUGUAAUGUUCAAACUGAAUAAAUGGCAACAGGUACAGGAGCGGGAGACGGGGAAAGAACGUGGAAGUGCUGGAUCCGACGAUGCGUUCGGGUCACGGCUGGUCUCUUUUAGGAAACGCUUUCAUUUCUCUACAUUUCAAACACAUACGAAGGUCUUACAGUUGUAUUUUAGACUGCAGGAUCAUUUUAUACACAUCAUUGUUUUUGUCACUUUUUUAAAAAUAACCUUUUUACGGUUCUAAAUAUUUGCCUCUAUGUCUGUACAGAACAAAGCUGCUAUUUUUCUUUUUCUCUUUUGGAUGUUAUAUAUAAAUAUAUAUAUGUGUAUAUAUAUAUAUAUAUAUAUAUAUAUAUAUAUAUAUAUAUAUAUAUAUAUAUAUAUAUAUAUAUAUAUAUAAAAGAAAUCCUUCAGGUUUGGUAUUUUAUGGUCUCCACUACAGUCCAUUUUGUAUAUCUUCAGACUCUGUUUAAAAAAAAUAAACAUAAAACUACAAAAAAUUAUUUAGAAAUAUAUUUUUUCUGUUACCCCAAACGGUUUUUCCUGUAACACUACAUUUUCUUCAUUGCCUUUUAAUUUAUGAACAGUUUCUUUCUGUAUUUGUUUUGUGGAUGUAUAUUUUAUUGUUAUUAUUAUUAUUAUUAUUAUUAUUAUUAUUAUUAUUUGGAAUGGACACCUUAGCUCGAUGUGUGAGCGUGUAUUUUCUGCACCCUUCUUUUGUACUUUUUUUAUUGUCUAGCACUGCGCCUGGCAUUGCCCUGAAGGCGCAACUCAAUCUCAGGUCAAAGUAAAGGCUUUGCUUUCUCCACACAUUCUUACGAUCGCCCCCCCGACCCCCCGCGGUGUUUUGUUGAGUCCAAUAGUGGCCCCUCUCCUCUCCCACCUGCUCCCUCUCUGGCCUCUGCAGUGAACUGGACCCAUCCAAUUCUCGCUCCUUCUCAAAUCAACAGGGCUAAUUCAGUCUUGUUUGCCUUAAUUCCGCUAAAAUAAUCUCUCCAACAUAUUUUUUUUUAAACGAUGACAACACUCUCAAACGCAAUACAACACCACUUUUGUUAACGUUAACUCUUCAGAAUAGGAGCAGAUCUCUUCGUCUUGUCUUAGUCAUUGCUUCUGAAAACCAAAUAAAGGAUGGGUGAAGUCCAGGGAAGGGAACACAUUUCAAUGUCGUGAAUGGAAAAGGUCUUAACACGGAGGCUGAACAGUGAAAGUGUUUUGAAGGAUUUCUCAUCAUUUGGAAAUGUCGCCUGGUGAUUUCCCCCCUUCUUUUAAUUUUUUUUUCUGUAGGAGUGUUAUUUAUUUAUUUUUUUAAUCUUUCUUUUGUGAUAUCAGUUUAAAUCACUGUAUAAAUGUCCCAUGAUUCAGUAUAAAGUUGGAUUUUUUUUUUAAUGUAUUUUCUUUGGUGUCAUGACUGGGGAACUUAAAAAAAAUCAUUUUUCCCUUCAAGUAUAUAUCUACCUCACUCUUCUUUUAAAAAUGUAUGAGUAUGGAAAACAAGUACAUCUCAUCCUCUUCCUCGUCAGUUUGUAUAAAAACCUCAUUAUCUGGAGAAAAGCCACAGGGAUCAGAUACACCUCACAAACCGGACUAGGACAGGAGAUGGAAUUGACGUGCUGCAAGUCCAGCCCGUCUGUUUCUGGCCCGUGGUUUACAACUCGUACCUUUAUACCUCCGAGGACAGAAAGGAUGGAGGCUGUGGCGUGAAAGCGCUACGCGAACGCGUCCGCCUUCACUUUAAUAUUAGAGCACAGCUUUAACAUCAGCCGCUCCAUCUCCACUCGCUCCCGACGUGUCACGACCUCAAAUCCCCCACACGCAACUUUAAUCUUCUCACUCUCACAAAAAGCAGUUAUAUAGAAGUUUAAAAGAUGAUCAGGAGGAAUGUUUAAAAAAGAAAAAGAAAGGAUUUAUUGACCUGCCAGAGAAAACAUGUAUAGAUAGACAGUAAACGGAUGGAUCCGUGCUGUGAAUGUAACAUGGUUCCACCUCCUGGACGGUAGAAUCGAGGCAGCGGAGGAACCCUGCUGCUCCUUAGGGCUGGUUUUAUCUCUAAUCUUCUCCGAUGACGCGAGCGGCUUCAUUUCACGCGUCAAGGUCUAUCUGCUGAACGCCACCACGCUCCGGCGCUAGCGUCCACUCUCAGGCUUUUUCAUCCCCCCCGGCCUGUUGUGCUCGGACUUAAUAAUAAUGCUGCUGGUUCACACGGUCGCCUCAGUGGAUCCUCUAUGGUCAUCAUCAAUAAUACGUAGCCUUAACUGGUGGCAGCGGAGCUCUGACAUCUUUGAGUCGCCUCCACUUUUUUACCCUGGAAGUCGUUCUGUAAUCUGUGUUGACGUCCAAAGCGAUUCGUGACGACUGCAUUUCGAAGAGGCCACUAGGUAACGUUUAAUGUGAAACUCGGGUGCUCUGCUGAGCAUUUAUCUGCACCAAUGUCUUGGUUCGAAACACUGCUGCUCAAUAUCGCAUCGGUACAGAAAUCACUUCACAUAUUUGUGCAUUUGGGCUUCUCCAGUUUGGACAACGUUUUUAUAUAUGUUUCAGCUUUCUCGGAUUGGCAGCAGGCGUCGCGUGACCUGGCGACCGUUGGAUCACGAACCUGUCACUGUUACAGCAUUUAACUAGACACGUACCACAGAUUACGGGUAGACAGUAAAAACACGGUUAGAAAAAGGUUUGGGCUGAGGUUUACAACUAGAACACAUUCUCUGUAGUGAACUUUACAUUUAAGUUAUUCAGUUGUUCCUAAUGCAAAAUGUGUCACUACGUACAAACUGCAAUAAUAGAUUUGAGGUUUAUCACUAUCACGCCUCUGCUGAUGAUUUGCAUUCCUAUAGCUUUCGAGGGGGCCUUGGUCUACUACUAUCGUUUCAUUAUAAUGCUUCAACUGAAUCUUUGUGCUCGUUACCUGAUUGGGGAAAGAAAUAAUCAACAAUCGUCACUUGACUGUCUUCUCUCGAACUCUGUGUCUGAGGCCUCAAACGUGUUUUCAUACCUAUAGCUGAGAUGGUGUAUUUCUGAGAUGCCAUCGCCAAAUGUGUAUCGGACAAUUUCUUGUAUUUUCUUUUUUUUCUGAAAUUUUGAAUAAACACAUGACUGAGAUCUUUGA